AUGGCACGAGGGAGCAGGUCUACCCAUGUACCGAACUCGAGGCCUACUGCAUCCGCACAGCGAGGCAUUCAAACGGCCGGACUCCCACGACGCCCGAAACUGCAGCUAACCGAUUACGUUCGAAGCCCCGACCAGCCUGGAACUUGCCGUGGUGAGGGCAGAGCGUUGGGGUAUCUUCGAUUUCGAUAUAGACCGAUAGCCAGGGUUAGUGAAUCGAUGAGAGACUCUCGAAACAAGAUUGGGCUGAAACAAAACUGCGGCCAAUUUGUCCCUGGUGUUCUUUCGAUCGCGGCGUUGAGCUUGUGUCUCGAGCUCGAGAUCUAG